UACCCAGCAGCCGAGCGCUCUUCAUCUCCGUGGCGGGCAUGAAGCUGCUGCGUUCCUCCUUCUGUGCACCUUCACAGCAGUACGUCACGCUGUGCUUCACCACGCUCUUCUUCCACUUCGACUACCCGCACUUCUCAGAGACCUUCCUCAUCGACUACUACUUCAUGUCCAUUCUCUUCAACAAGAUGUGGGACCUGCUGUACAAACUCCGCUUUGUGUUGACUUACAUCGCCCCCUGGCAGAUCACCUGGGGAUCAGCCUUCCACGCCUUCGCUCAACCCUUUGCGGUGCCACGUAUCCUUUGAUGUGUUUACAGAAAUGUUUCCACCUGUGGUUGUU